AUGGAAGAAGCAGGCAUUACCAUCUUUGUCACUAUACAGAAGAUCUACUACCCGUUACUUUGCAUCGUGGGUAUUCCAGCAAACCUCUUCACUUUCUACAUGAUCUGUUUCCGUAAAUGUGGAAUGUCCAACACAGCCAUCAUUUACCUGAGCUGCCUGGCCAUUAUGGACACCUGCUACCUUGUAUGGGUAAUUCUGAUUGACCUAACUCUCACCUUCUGGAUAUUGCAGCCUUUCUGGCACUCCCAUCCCUGGUGUGGCAUUCUGGGAUUCCUGCAGUAUGGUUCUCUCUACAGCUCCUCCUGGAUUGUCGUGGUUUUCACCAUUGAACGCUACCUUGUCCUACGCAGCACAGCCUUAAAGCAACGUUUUUCCCAGGCCUGGGUCACCAGAUUGACCUGUGUAGCUAUAGUGCUUCUGUCCCAUCUGGUGUCUGUGCCACUGGGCUGGAUAAAUAUCGUCAAACCUAUGAACCUAAGCAUUGAUGGGGUGAAAGUAACACUGCCAAGGUGCCGCUACCGCGAACAGAUCUACUCUACAGUUACAGUGUGGAUAACUACUUUCCUCUCAGGAGGAAUCCCGAUCAUAUUGGUUAUCAUCUUCAACUACCUUAUUGGAUACAAUCUUUGCCAUGCCAGAAACCUUUUCACCAAGGAGGAGCGUCGGGUUAUGCAUGGGAAGAGCACCAGGGGCAUGCUGAGGAGGACCAUUCUGCUUCUGGGCACCGUUUCAGUGGCCUUUGUGGUGCUCAGCCUGCCUCGCUUUGUCACAUAUUGUAUCCUGAGGACCAAGUACAACACUGAGAACUUCAACAGGAAUGACUACAGAAUUCCCAUCAAUGUAGCUGGAGACAUGGCCAACAUGCUGCAGAACCUCAACUCCACCACCAACUUCCUUCUUUACUGCGUGGUCAGCCGCCGUUUCCGGCAGGAGCUGCUCCGAGUGGUGACUUGUAAGGCGAGGGCACUUGAGUUGAGCUCUGUCCUCAACUAUACUACCAUGAAGGUCUUCUCAGUUGUAAAUCAUAAGGCCUCACCAUCCACUGACCCUGUUACUGUGGUGCUAACCAAUCUAAAGCAGAUACAGUAGAAAGGAACCCAAAGAGAGCUCAAACUGAUUCAGA